AUGGCCCCGCCUGAAAAGAAUUAUAUAGACCCCAACCGCCCCAGCUCUCCAGGUCCCUUAGCAUCAGAUUUCUUCCAACAACAAGUCGCAAAGCAACGAAACAAUAACUAUCAUUCUACUUCACUCAGAAAAAUGGUUGCUACAUCUGUGAAUCGCACUGCCCUCCACCCUGGCGGUGUCCAGCCUGGCAAGGGUCACACCGAGUUGGAGGAGGAGCUGCACGAGACUGCCCACAUUGACUACGACCGUGUUGCCAUUAUUGCCAACCCCGCUGUCCCUGCUCUGUACGAAGAUGCCCUUGUUUACGAGACCGGUACCGCCAUUACUUCCAGCGGUGCUUUGAGCGCCUACUCUGGUGCUAAGACUGGCCGUUCCCCCUCCGACAAGCGUAUUGUCAAGGAGGAGUCCUCCGAGAAUGAGAUCUGGUGGGGACCUGUCAACAAGCCCAUGACUCCUGAUGUCUGGCGCAUCAACCGUGAGCGUGCUGUUGACUACUUGAACACUCGCAACCGUAUCUACGUUAUCGAUGGUUUCGCCGGCUGGGACGAGCGUUACCGCAUCAGCGUUCGCGUUGUCUGUGCCCGUGCCUACCACGCUCUGUUCAUGCGCAACAUGCUUAUCCGCCCCUCCGCUGAGGAGCUCAAGAACUUCCACCCCGACUAUGUUAUCUACAACGCUGGCUCUUUCCCCGCCAACCGCUUCACUGAGGGUAUGACCUCCGCUACCUCCGUUGCCAUCAACUUUGCCGAUAAGGAGAUGGUUAUCCUGGGUACUGAGUACGCUGGUGAGAUGAAGAAGGGUGUCUUCACUGUCCUCUUCUACGAGAUGCCCGUCAAGCACAACGUCCUGACCCUUCACUCCUCUGCCAACGAGGGUGAGAACGGUGAUGUCACCGUCUUCUUCGGUCUGUCCGGUACCGGAAAGACCACUCUGUCUGCCGACCCCAAGCGUAAGCUGAUCGGUGACGACGAGCACUGCUGGACCGACACCGGUGUCUUCAACAUUGAGGGUGGUUGCUACGCCAAGUGCAUCGGCCUCUCCGGCGAGAAGGAGCCCGAUAUUUUCAACGCCAUCCAGUUCGGUUCCGUCCUUGAGAACGUUGUCUUCGACCCCAUCACCCGUGUUGUCGACUACGACGACGUUACCCUCACCGAGAACACCCGUUGCGCCUACCCCAUCGAGUACAUUGAGAACGCCAAGAUCCCCUGCAAGAGCGACAGCCACCCCUCCAACAUCAUCCUCCUCACCUGUGAUGCCCGCGGUGUCCUGCCCCCCAUCUCCAAGCUCACCCCGGAGCAGGCCAUGUUCCACUUCAUCUCCGGUUACACCUCCAAGAUGGCCGGUACCGAGGACGGUAUCACCGAGCCCCAGGCCACCUUCUCCUCUUGCUUCGCCCAGCCCUUCCUCGCCCUCCACCCCAUGCGCUACGCCCACAUGCUCGCCGACAAGAUCAAGGAGCACAAGGCCGAUGUCUGGCUCCUCAACACCGGCUGGGUCGGUGCUGGUGCCACCACCGGCGGCAAGCGUUGCCCCCUCAAGUACACCCGUGCCAUCCUCGACUCCAUCCACAGCGGCCACCUCGCCACUGUCGAGUACGAGAACUACGAUGUCUUCAACCUGCCCGUCCCCAAGUCCUGCCCCGGUGUCCCCGACGAGCUCCUCAACCCCAAGACCAGCUGGACUGCCUCUACUCCCUUCGUCGACGAGGUCUCCAAGUUGGCCAACCUGUUCAACGAGAACUUCAAGAAGUACUCCGACCAGGCCACUCCCGAGGUCAUGGCUGCUGCUCCCCGCGUUUAA